UGUACUAAAGCAUGAUUUGUAGAUCAGAGCAGGAUCUAUUUCCGUUUGCAAAGAACUGAAACUUAACUCCCACAGUAUUUGAGAGGUAAAAUGGCACAGAUACAGAAAGGAGUUCAGCUGGACCAGGACAGCUUUGUUUGUUCAAUCUGUCUGGAUCUACUGAAGGAGCCGGCCACUAUCCCCUGUGGACACAGCUAUUGCAUGGACUGUAUUAACAGCUUUUGGGAUGAAGAGGAGCAGAAAGAAAUCCACAGCUGUCCCCAGUGCAUGAAAACUUUCCCAUCACAGCUCAUCCUGGAGAAAAGCACCAUGUUAGCAGCUUUAAUGGAGCAGCUGAAGAAGACAGGACUCCAAGCUGCUCCUGCUGAGCACUGCUACGCCYGACUUGAACACGUAGGCUGUGAUUUCUGCACUGGAAGGAAACUGAAAGCCGUCAAGUCCUGUUUAGUUUGCCUGGCCUCUUACUGCGAGGAACACCUUCAGCCGCAUUAUGAUUCAGCUGCGUUUAGGAACCACAAGCUGGUGGAGCCCUCCGAGAACCUCCUGGAGAACYUCUGCUCUCUUCACAAUGAGGUGACCAAGAUGUUCUGUCGCACUGAUCAGACGUGCAUCUGUUUCCUUUGCUCUGUGGAUGAACACAAAGGCCACGACCUGGUCUCAGCUGCUGCAGAGAGGGCUGAGAGGCAGAGAGAGGUCGAGAUGAGACAAGACAAAAUCCUGCAGGAAAUCCUGGAAAAAGAGAAAGGGCUGAAGCUGCUUCAACAAGAGGUGGAGACCAUUAAUCUGUCGGCUGAUAAGACAUUGGAGGACAUUGAGAAGAACUUCACAGAGCUGGUCCAUCUCAUCCAGACACAACACAACGAUGUGAAGCAGCAGAUCAGCUCCCAGCGAGAAACUGAGCUGAGUCGAGCUAAAGAUGUUCAGAAGAAGCUGGAGCAGGAGAUCGCUGAGCUGAAGAGAGAAGCCGCUGAGCUGAAGCAGCUCUCGAACACAGAGGAUCCCAACCAGUUUCUACGCCGCUACCCCUCAGCGCCGGCACUCAGCGGGUCCAKACAGCCAACCAGCGUCAACACCCGUCCUUUGAGGUUUUUCGAGAUUGUGGCAGCAGCUGUGUUCCAGCUCAGGAACAAACUACAGAACWUUCUGGGACACAACUAUAGAAAGAUCUUACAGAUGGUCACUGAUAUGAGUGUUUUACAGUCACAACCAGAGCAGAAGAGCAGAGCUGACUUGUUUAAAUAUUCAUGUAAAAUCACACUGGAUCCAAACACAGCGUAUUCAAAGCUGCUCCUGUCAGAGGGGAACAGGAAAGUGUCCUUAACUAAUCAACAUCAGUUCCGUUCCAAUCAUCCAGACAGAUUCACUGAGUGGAAUCAAGUUAUGAGUAGAGAGAGUCUGACUGGACGCUGCUACUGGGAGGUGCAGUGUGGCAGGAUGGUUUAUAUUGCAGUCACCUACAAGGAUAUCCGCAGAGCAGGGGGUGGGAAUGACUGUGGAUUUGGACGCAAUGACAAAUCAUGGGCAUUAUAUUAUUUCCAAAAUGGCUACAAAUUUUUUUACAACAACAUCUCCWCCUCCAUCUCAGGCCCUGUGUCCUCCAGAGUGGGAGUGUACCUGGAUCACAGUGCAGGGACCCUGUCCUUCUACAGCAUCUCUGAGACCAUGACUCUCCUCCACAGAGUCCAGACCACCUUCACUCAGCCACUCUACGCUGGAUUUCAGAUUUACGGCUCUGGAACCACCGCUAAAAUCUGUUAACUCUUCUAAAGUUAUAUUCUGUCAUUAUARCUGCGCACAAAGUGUCCACUUUAUGCAGAUGACUUACAAAUCUACUUAUCUCUUAAACCAAAUAUGAGUAAUGAGGUUUUCUCUUUUUUUAGACUGCAUAACGACUGUGGCUAAGUAAAAACUUUUUUUUAAAUCACCAAKAGACUGAUUGUAUUUUAUUUGGUGAUAUUGCCACUACAGAUGUCAGUGCCCUGCCUUUAAAACUGUCAGAAACCUAGGGGUUUAGAUUUAAUUAUUUAAUUUAAAUAACAAAUUGACUCUUUAGUCAAAUCCAACUUUUACCAUUUAUGUCUACUGACCAAAAAAUCAGUUUUAAAUCGCACAGACUUAGAGAAGGCCAUUCAUGCAUUCAUUAGUUCUAGACUCAUUUUUUGUAAUGGACUUUAUAUUGUUGUCCCUCAGUCCUCCCUAAGAUGACUUCAACUUGUCCAGAACCAUCUUUUAACCAACACCUCUAAACAACCGCAUAUCAUCCCUGUUUUAUCCUCUUUUCAAUGGCUUCCUGUCCAAUAGAACUGAUUUAAAAAUGUUUUUAAAGCUCUUAAUAGCAUUGUCCCGCCUUAUUUAUCUGAAUUUUUAAGACUUGCAUGGUAGAUCCCUGAGGUCAUUAAAUCAGCUUGGGAAAAAAAACAAAAUUAAUAACAGAUUGAUUGAGCUUGUUCCAGUUAGUGGUCAACAGCAUACUUAUAAAACCAGAAUAAACUAUUUCAUUCAUGCUAAAAAUACAAGACUUAGAAUCACCACUCGAACCUUUGCUUGGAGGGGCCCGCAGACCUGGAACAAGCUUGACGACAGCUUAAAAGGUUUGAAAUUCAUCUCCAUCUUUAAAAAACAAGACCAAAUUGCUUUGUUUAUAUAUCUGAGACCACUUGUAGGACUUGUAAUGGAUUAUAAUCUGUGUUGUAUUUGGUAAAUGGUAAAUGGACUGAACUUAUAGAGCGCUUUUCAAGUCCCUCCGGACCCCAAAGCGCUUUACACUA